AUGGAAAACAAGCCAGGAUGGAGGGCCAUUUCUUACAUCUUAGGAAAUCAAAUAGUUGAGAGGAUUGCAACAAUGGGAAUGAUGGCAAAUUUCAUGGUGUAUUUGUUGCAAUUCUUUAACUUGGGUCAGGUUUCUGCUGCAAAUGUCCUUGGCGUAUGGAUUGGAAUAAGCAAUUUCGUACCAAUAAUUGGUGCCUGUGUUGCUGAUGCUUAUCUGGGAAAAUUCAAAACCAUUGCUAUUUCAUCAUUUGGAACACUCGUGGGAAUGGUGAUACUUACACUAACAGCUUGGGUGCCACAACUUCAUCCUCCAAGAUGCAGUUCUACCCAGCAAUGUGUUUCCCCAACGAGUCCUCAACUUGGCAUCUUGAUUUUAGGCCUGUGCUGGCUGGCUGUGGGCACUGGGGGGAUUGGACCAUGCACUAUUCCCUUUGCCAUUGAUCAGUUUGACACAACUUCUUCAGAAGGAAGGAAAGGAGUGAACAGCUUCUUUAAUUGGUACUACACGUCACAGACAGUGGUCCAGUUAAUCAGUCUGACAGCAAUAGUUUACCUCCAGAACAAAAGCUGGAUCUUGGGUUUUGGCAUACUAACUGCUCUCAUGUCACUUUCAAUUAUCAUAUUUUUUGUUGGAGCUAGCGUUUAUGUUUACAUUCCAGCAGAGGGGAGCAUAUUUACUAGUAUUGCACAGGUGUUUGUUGCAGCUUAUAAGAAGCAUCACGUCAAAAUUCCACUAAAAGAAGAGGAGGGUCUUUACUAUGAUCCCCCAGUGGAUGACAAAGCACCACUGAAGAUGCCCUUAACCAAACAACUUAGGUGUUUAAACAAAGCUGCCCUGAUACAAGACAAUGAACUAAAUACAGAAGGUAGUGUCAAAAAUCCAUGGAGGCUUUGCAGCAUUCAGCAAGUGGAAGAAGUCAAAUGUUUGAUGAAAAUGCUUCCAAUCUGGGCUUCUGGUAUUCUCUGCUUCAUUCCCAUAGCACAACAAGGCACUUUCCCAGUAUCGCAGGCCAUGAAAAUGGACCGUCGCCUUGGAGAACACUUCAAACUUCCAGCUGCAACAUACAACGUGGUGUCCCUAAUCACCAUUGGCAUAUUCCUCCCGUGCUUUGACCUCUUUCUGCAGCCAGCAUUAGCAAAAGUGACCAAGAAAGAGGAAGGGCUCACGAGCCUUCAGAAAAUUGUGAUCGGUGAUAUAUUCUCGGUUCUCACAAUGGUAAGUGCUGGCUUGGUGGAGAGGCGCAGAAGGGGUGUGGCAAUCUCACAUGGAGCACCUGAUGGGGCUGCACCCAUGAAUGCAAUGUGGCUGGCACCACAAUUUGUGUUCUUAGGAUUGUGUGAGAUGUUUACGCUUGUUGGGCACAUUCAGUUCUACAGCACCGAGUCACCAGAGAAAAUGAAAAGCAUAGGAAAUUCGUUGCAGUAUCUUGUGCUUGCAUUUUCAAUUUAUGUUGGCACAGCAGUGGUGAACGUGGUGCACCAAGUCACUCGAAAGCAUGGUGGAAUUGAUUGGCUCAACGAUGACAUAAACGCUGGCAGAUUGGACUACUAUUACUUCCUCAUAGCAGGGCUUGCAGCAUUAAAUCUUGUCUACAUCUUGAUCUUUGUUAAACGCUACCAUUACAAGGUGAUCAGUGUCAAAGUUGAGGACAAGCCUUUAUUGAGCCCUUGA